GUUGAGUUUAAUCCAACACGAUAUAGUAAAUAUAUGUAUAAAUGUGUAUGAACAACUCAGUUUUUACGUGGAAACCCGAAAGGGAGAAAACCACGGGACUUUUUAGGCUAAUGUCCAAGCCCUCUCAAUUCUCAUUAGGACUCUCCUCACCAUUACAUAGUACAAUUUGAGCUCCCUUUUAUGGAGUCUUGCAAGCUAUUCUAGAGAAAGUAAAUGAGUUGGGGAAGAAGGAAAGAGAUCCUUUACAUGGAGGCUAAGCUCCGUAUUUAUAGGGGAGGGGAAGGGGAGGCUCUCCACCCUAAUGGGCCGCCUGGGCCGAAGUGGGCCUGGUGGUCAAAGUGGGCCGGAUGGGCCGAAAUGGGCCUAGCUGCUCGGGCUCCGUACUGGAUAAUGUCUUGGGCUCCUGAACAGUAAUAGGCCGGGAUAAUAUAUCCCAACACAAGUCCCCCAGUUUCUUGAGUAGUGAGCGUGCGAAUCUGCUCGAGAAAGUAUACUCUUGCCUGCGCUCUUCCUCUGUCUUGCUGGAAACCGCGUCUUCGAAUAAUCAUAAUAUACGAGUGGGUGUCUGCACUCCUGAACGUAAUCUGCCGGUGAGGCACCCCCCUUCCCGACGGGGUCGGGCGAAGGGUGCUCCUCCACGGGCACACUCCCCCUGAAUGCAUCAGGCGGGAGUAAAGGACUCUGACUCGAGCUUUCCAAUCGGAGAAGCUUAGAGGUCCAUGUAUCUAUAAACCGACGUCGCGGUACUGUCAAAACACGAUGCACGUGUGUAUGUAUGAAUGUAUGAGGUAUGAUGCAUGAAUGCAUGAAUGCAUGUAAUGUAUGGGUGCAAUGUAUGAGAGAAGGAAUGUGAGAUGUGAUAGAAAGCGGUGGCUCUCAUCGAUAAACCGGGCAUGUCAGCGCCGAGAGGCAGACGUGCUGCAUAAGAGACGUUCGUCGCCAUCCUGGAAGGGAUGGGCGACCCUAACGUGAGCCAGACACGAUGGCGCUGGGGCACUGAUCGUGCUGCACAAGACGUUCGUCGCCAUCCUGGAGGGAAUGGGGCGAUCCGAACGUGAAAGAGACACGAUGGUGCUGAGAAGCCGAUCGUGCUGCAUAGGACGGUCGUCGCCAUCCUGAAGGGAAAUGGGGCGAUCCGAAUGUGAAAGAGACACGAUGGCGCUGAGAAGCCGAUCGUGCUGCAUAGGACGGUCGUCGCCAUCCUGAAGGGAAUGGGCGAGCCGAACCGUGAAGCCAGGUACGAUGGCGCUGAAGGGCCGAUCGCACUGCAUAAGACGUUCGUCGCCAUCCUGGAGGGAAAUGGGGCGAUCCGAACGUGAAAGAGACACGAUGGCACUGAGAAGCCGAUCGUGCUGCAUAAGACGGUCGUCGCCAUCCUGGAGGGAAUGGGCGAGCCGAGCCGUGAAUCUAGGUAUGAUGGCGCUGAGGGGCCGAUCGUACCGCAUAAGACGUUCGUCGCCAUCCUGGAGGGAAAUGGGGCGAUCCGAACGUGAAAGAGACACGAUGGCACUGAGAAGCCGAUCGUGCUGCAUAAGACGGUCGUCGCCAUCCUGGAGGGAAUGGGCGAGCCGAGCCGUGAAUCUAGGUAUGAUGGCGCUGAGGGGCCGAUCGUACCGCAUAAGACGUUCGUCGCCAUCCUGGAGGGAAUGGGGCGAUCCGAACGUGAAAGAGACACGAUGGCACUGAGAAGCCGAUCGUGCUGCAUAAGACGGUCGUCGCCAUCCUGGAGGGAAUGGGCGAGCCGAACCGUGAAGCCAGGUACGAUGGCGCUGAAGGGCCGAUCGCACUGCAUAAGGCGUUCGUCGCCAUCCUGGAGGGAAUGGGGCGAUCCGAACGUGAAAGAGAUACGAUGGCGCUGAGAAGCCGACCGUGCUGCAUAAGACGGUCGUCGCCAUCCUGGAGGGAAUGGGCGAGCCGAACCGUGAAUCUAGGUACGAUGGCGCUGAGGGGCCGAUCGUACCGCAUAAGACGUUCGUCGCCAUCCUGGAGGGAAAUGGGGCGAUCCGAACGUGAAAGAGACACGAUGGCACUGAGAAGCCGAUCGUGCUGCAUAAGACGGUCGUCGCCAUCCUGGAGGGAAUGGGCGAGCCGAGCCGUGAAUCUAGGUAUGAUGGCGCUGAGGGGCCGAUCGUACCGCAUAAGACGUUCGUCGCCAUCCUGGAGGGAAUGGGGCGAUCCGAACGUGAAAGAGACACGAUGGCACUGAGGGGCCGAUCGUGAUACAGAAAAAUAGUGAUGAUCAUCUCAUGGCCCUCGGCCUGUCGGUGAGUGGUAAUCGUCCCACGGCCCUCGGCCGUGCUGGUGAUGUGUCAAGUCUCUCUCCUGAUUAGCUGUGAGAAGCCGAUCGUCUGCCAGGACUCCAUCCGGGAAGGAAUGGUGAGCCUGAAAUAAAUCUGGGCGAUGUCCCUUCUACCUGAUCUGGGGAGCUAAUCGUCGUUCGAGGCAAAAGAAAACCUGAUGUUAGCCGAUCGUCGUCGGCCACUUCAUUCUUCGUACUUAAGUCUUGUAAUUAUUCUUUACAUACGUUUUUCAGUUUGUACUUCACAGCCAAUAGUGCCAAGGGAUAAAAUCAUUCUUUGCUCCGUGCUCUUCUGGCAUCUUUUUUUUUUUUUUUUUUUUUUUUUUUUUUUUUGGAGUCUUUUAGUCUUCGUUCGUCAUUGGUCCUUGGUCCUACCGGCGUUCUUACAUCGAAGAGACGUUCGGUAUCCGCGGACAUCGCAAUGAGGAACAGGUAUAUCUACAUCGAGAUUCCCCCUUUUUCGUUCGUCCCUGGUCCUUUUAGUCUUACCGGCGUCUCUUGCAUCGAAGAAGACGUUCGGUACCCAAGGAACUCGCAGGGACGAACUGGUUUACCCUCACGGGUUCCCGUCUUUGUUAUCCCACGUCCAUCGAUCCAUGGUCAUUGUGGGAUGAACAGGUUUAUCUUGGCAAGGCUCCCUUGGUUCGUCUAGCCCCCUCCGCGUCUCUACUAACCUCUACAUCGAGAGGCGUUCGCCUUCGGCGGUGGGAGAAGAUCUGGCACACCCGGGCAAGAUUCCCUUCCACAUAGGAGCUACCCUCCUCUUCUCCCCAUCUUCUUUUUUUUUUUUUUUUUUUUUUUUUUUUUUGAGGGAGGCAAUCUAUACUCUUCGUUCGUCAUUGGUCCUUGGUCCUACCGGCGUUCCUACUUCGAGGAGACGUUCGGUAUACGCGGACAUCUCAAUGAGGAACAAGUUUAUCUGCAUCGAGAUUCCCUGGUGCUUCGUUCGUCCCUGGUCCUUGGUCCUACCGGCGUCCUUACUUCGAGGAGACGUUCGGUAUCCGCAGACAUCGCAAGGAGGAACAGGUUUAUCUGCAUCGAGAUUCCCUGGUGCUUCGUUCGUCCCUGGUCCUUGGUCCUACCGGCGUCCUUACUUCGAGGAGACGUUCGGUAUCCGCAGACAUCGCAAGGAGGAACAGGUUUAUCUGCAUCGAGAUUCCCUGGUGCUUCGUUCGUCCGUCCCUGGUCCGUGGUCCUACCGAUCUUCCUACAUCGAAGAAGACAUUCGGUAUCCAAGAAACUCGCAGGGAUCACGGGAUGUCACACAUAAUGGUGGUGGCAUACCAAAACGAAUAAAAUGACGAGGCGACGGAAUAGCUGGUCGUCAUGCGAAGGCGAUGGUCACCCUCCUGGAGGGGAGGGGUGAGCCCGAUCGCUAACUCAAGAAGGUCGGCAUUGGGAGCCGAUAUACAAUGAUCAUAAUAUCGCUGAGCAGUCGGUCCUGAUAAUGGAGAUGGCAAUAGUGUCCAGUCAGGCCGAUAUAUCCGAGCAACGGCUCUCAUCCCACGCAGCGCGGGGAUGAAACCGGUCUUCAAAAGAUAAAUAUGUCGUGCCGAGAGGCCGAACAUAACAUGAUAGUGUCGGCAGUGAGAGGCCGACCCGAGAAAAUCAAGCAACGGCCCUCGUCCGCGAGAGCGGGGACGAGGCCGGUCUUCAAAAGAUAAACACGCCGAGCCGAGAGGCCGGUCGUGAUAUGACGAUAUCGGCAAUGAGAGGCCGAUCUGAGAAAACAAGCAACGGUCCUUAUCCGCGCAGUGCGGGGACGAGGCCGGUCUUCAAAUAUGAACACGCCGAGCCGAGGGGCCGGUCGUGGUAUGAUAAUGUCGGCAAUGAGAUGCCGGUCAAGAUAUGGUCAAGCAACGGUCCUCGUCCGCGAGGUGGCGGGGACGAGGCCGGUCUUCGAAUAUGGUAAUCACGCCGGUCCGAGAGGCCGGUUGUGAUAUAAUGAUGUCGGCGAUGAGAGGCCGAACAUGAUGUGGCAGUGUCGGCAAUGAGGGUCGACCUGCAAUCCAGCAACGGCUCUCAUCGGCGCAGUGCGGGGACGAGGUCGGUCUUCAAAAGAUGAACACGCCAAGCCGAGGGGCCGGUCGUGGUAUGAUAAUGUCGGCGAUGAGAGGCCGACCUGAAAAUCAGGAUGGUCUCACGGCCCUCGGCCGUGAUGGUCUCCUCUAGGCCCUCGACCUCUGAAUGAUGGAUGAUCGUCUCACGGUCCUCCGCCGUGGUAGUCCACUAUAGUCCUCGGCCUCUAGGUGUUCUCUCCUAGGCCAUCGGUCUCUGGGGUGGAGAUGCUCGUCUCACGGUCCUCCGCCGUGGUAGUCCACUAUAGACCCUCGGCCUCUAGGUGUUCUCUCCUAGGCCAUCGGUCUCUGGGGUGGAGAUGCUCGUCUCACGGUCCUCAGCCGUGAUGGUCUCCUCUUUAGCUGGCCCUGAACGUCUUCAAGACUCGGGCCGAUCGUCUUUUAAUCAUUUCGCUCGAGCGCGUCGAGCGGCUUGAUCUGCGCAAUAAGCAUGGUAACGGGCCGCACGGCCCGACAAUAAAUAUGCACACAUAGCCAGUCGUAUGGCUUUCUCUCUAACACCCACGAUUUCCGGCCUAUGGGUCUUCGUGACCCUCGGCCCGGCUCAUCGUGCGGGGUUAAUGGACGUAGCAGCUCGCGGCAGGGCCAAUUAGCAGCCCGCCAAACGUCACAUAAAAAUAUUCAUCGGUCAGUGAGUUUUCAAACUCAGACCCAAGUUGGUCACAUCGCCCUCGGAAACACGAGGCCGUGCGCCUUGGUGCCCUCGGGGCCCUACUGGUCGCGUCGGGCAAUAGUCACUUCGCGCCUAGUGGCGUAGAUGAUAUUGGGGUACGAUCGUCGAUCGGGCACGUAGUGCCGUGCGGACUAACGUGCAACCCUCAAAUUAAAAUGCGUCGUCGGGGCAUCGCCCUUUUGGAGACGCUCGGAUCACUUAAUCAAAGCUGAUCGAGAGUGGGCCAACGGCCCCACAAACAAUUAAACAUUUAAUAAAAUGUUGGCCGAACUAACUAUCACUAGAGCUUCACUCCGCAUCAUUUAAUUCGGGACAUUUUUAUCCCUAAUAAAUAAUAGUGAUGUACGGGUAGUAAUAAUAGUAUUAUCCUACCAAAGGCCAUUCCGGUAUGCUCUGCCCGCUAAUUAAAGCCGAUCAGGAGCGGGCUAACGGGCCCACAACAACCGAUCAUUUAAUUUCAAAUGACGGUGAAAAUAAUUAUCACUUCGAGCUUGGCUCGACAUUAUUUAAUUUCGGGAUAUUUUAAUCCCUAAUAAGUAAUAGUGAUGAUAAAUAAUAGCAACGCUAAUAUUUUAAACUACUUCGUACUCCGUAUUAAUAAUCAAAUGUGCCAAGUUAGGAAUAUGGGAGUACUUAGCUUUGCUGCACUUCAUUCGUAGUGGGCAAGUGGUAGCUAGCCAGAGUCAACUCUCCCAUCAGCAAGCUGGCAAUUUCGUCCUGCAACCAAGACCUCAGCCAUAGGCCACUGUGCGUCUGCUCCUACUUGGUCCUCAAUGGUUCGCUGCUCCCAUCCGCAAGCUGGCAUUCUAGCAGCUCCUCCCGUGCGCGACGCAGCGGCGGCCGGUGAUGGCCAGGAAAGCUGCCUCGGGCGGCAUCAGAGGCGGAGUGACAAAGUCCGACUCUGUGGCCGCUAGUUAGGACUUCGACAUCACCGGCGAGACUUCCUCCAGCCACGGCUUGUGCUGGUUGCGGUUGUCACUCUUGAAGCCCUCGGUCGCCAUUAAUGGCGGACCUUCUAUGAGGUUCGUGAAGCCAGGAGGAGCAGGGGCCGGCGAGCGCACCGCGACAGAGGCGGAGAACGUUGCUGCUAGCGAUGGCGAUGGCCGGAUAAGCUAGGCAAGUUUCACGUAUUACGGUUAGCAACCUCUUGGUGGAGCACAACAGUGGUAUUACGGCCAUGGUCUACCAAAUUCCAGAUCCGGAUUUUUCUCACCUUCCUUUUCCCCAAAAUUUUCUUUUUCUUCCUACUCCCUUUCACCGAUUCUCCUUCCUCCUGCUUGCUUCCCAGAAUAGUUUUUCUUUGUUCUUGUUGAAAUCAGUCCAUUUCGUAUGAAUCUUUGCAGAACAACUGAAGAACACAUGUAAUCUUUUUGGACAGAUUCCCACAGACGGCGCCAGUGUUGAGUUUAAUCCAACACGAUAUAGUAAAUAUAUGUAUAAAUGUGUAUGAACAACUCAGUUUUUACGUGGAAACCCGAAAGGGAGAAAACCACGGGACUUUUUAGGCUAAUGUCCAAGCCCUCUCAAUUCUCAUUAGGACUCUCCUCACCAUUACAUAGUACAAUUUGAGCUCCCUUUUAUGGAGUCUUGCAAGCUAUUCUAGAGAAAGUAAAUGAGUUGGGGAAGAAGGAAAGAGAUCCUUUACAUGGAGGCUAAGCUCCGUAUUUAUAGGGGAGGGGAAGGGGAGGCUCUCCACCCUAAUGGGCCGCCUGGGCCGAAGUGGGCCUGGUGGUCAAAGUGGGCCGGAUGGGCCGAAAUGGGCCUAGCUGCUCGGGCUCCGUACUGGAUAAUGUCUUGGGCUCCUGAACAGUAAUAGGCCGGGAUAAUAUAUCCCAACACUCCUAUAUAAGGGGCUAAUUGAACACUUUAAGUUAGUUCAAGGGCCUAUUUGACCCUUUAGCCAAUUUUUAAUUGUGAUCCUAUCCAGUUCAUAUAUUGAAUAUUUAUGUCCGCAUCGAUUAGACUGUAGUUAAUUUUUAAAUAUAUUUUUAUAUCUAAAAUGUAUUAUUAUCUAACAAAUAUGAAAAACUAAUGUAAUUGAAUGUUUAUUCAAGAAAGAUUUUCAAAAAUAUAUUUUUUUUUAAUAAAAAAACCCUAAUACAGUCUAAUACCAAUCAGGUCAAACAUGAAAUAAUCCGAUCUGAUCGCGUCCGAUCCUAGGCCGAAAUUAUAUCAAUUUUCAAUCUAAUAAUAUCUUUCUAGAAUUCCAAUUUCAGUCCAGCAGGAACGAUAUCAUAACGGCAUGAAGUAGGAAGUACUACCCUUGUCCCUAAAUUAUCUUUCGAAUAUGGUUUUACACGGAGAUUGAGAAUGUGAGAAGUGAGAACUAUGUUGUAGACAGUCCUAUAGAGAAGAGAGAAAUGUGUAAGAGUGAAGAAAUGUUGUCAAUUACAAAUUCUUUCGGAGAUGUUUUUUUUUUUUUAACAGAAUUAAUUGAAUACGUGCCAAUAUCUUUUCAUGUCAUCAAUCUAACAACAAAAAGUUCCAAAAUAACCAAAACAAAACUAGUGAGUAAAAUGUGAUAUAAUAACUUUUGGUGUGUAUUAUUAUUUCUCUCCAGGGCUCGUCCGCUAGGUUUUUUUUUCCGAUUUUGUUGCCUCAACGAAGAUCGGUAGUUCUUCUUCGCCGAAGAAGAAGGUGCAGGUAGAGUAAAUUCAGGUCGCCAGGUCAGAGUAGAGGAAUCAAUCCGAUUAUCUGGAUUCAUGGAUGAUAUGGUCAACUCGUACAAGAAGAUGUCAAUGGAGGAACAGGAGAACGAGCUAAAUUUCGAUGAAGAAGAGGAAGAGAACGAGGAGGAGGAGAAGGAACCGAUGAGCUUUCCGGUGGUUGGGGUGGUGGUUGGGUGGAGGAGAAGAAACGCAAGGUCAAAUUACCGGACUUUCAAGAGCCGAUGACUUCUCUCUAGAGACCAGUGAAAGGUAUGUCUAUCGAAGAAAUCGGCGAACGAGGGUAUCUGCUAAACUUUAAUCAUGUUUUGGAUAUGAAUCGUGUGAUUGAGGAUGACCCUUGGCUUUUUUAGCGUGAGUUAAUAUUGUUAAAAGCAUGUUAACCAGAUGAUAUACCUGAAUCGAUGAAUUUAUUUGAAGCUAGUUUCUGGGGUACAGGUUCAUAAUGCAUCUAUAAAGUUUAGAAAUUUGAAAUCUACCAGAAAAAUUGGUAAGUUUUUAGGCUCCUUUAUUAAAUUUGAGAUGAGCCAGUUUGAUGGAAAGCAGAGUUCUUAUUUGUGUAUAAGAGUGUGUCUGGAUGUUCGUCAGCCUCUGAAAAAAGGUACCACUUUGACAAGAGAUGGGGUGAAACAUUCAGUGGAUUUUAAAUAUGAAAAGCUACCCAACUUUUGUUUUAUGUGUGUUAUAAUCGGACAUUUUGAUAAAUUCUGUCUAUUGAAGUAUGAAGAGGGAUUUGUAGCUGAGAAAACCUAUGGGGUGAAACUUAGAGCAGGAGGGAGGGUGAAGAUAAGCCCCCAAGACCCAACAAGGGGUUAUCUGAUGUAGCCUUGAGCUCAGGUGGAUAUGGUGUUCAGCGGAAGGCUGAUCUCGGGGGAGAGUUUUCGGCUGAAUCCAAGGAUAGCAGGCCAUCACAACAUGAGACAGAAGACAAAGAAGAGACUCUUGGAGACACAAAGCGCAGAAGGAUAUGGGAGAAUCAUGCCAUAUAGGGUACCACUGGUGAAGCAAUGGCCUUGGAUAGGCCAAAAAAUGGGGAGGCGGCGGGUCAAAUCUCUUAGACCCGCCGAGGUUCCAUAUGGUGGUGAUGGUGCAGAAGACAAGUGAUGGUGUUAUCUUUUUUGUCUGUUUUGUUUGUUUUUAU